AUGGAAGAAAGUGAUGAAUCUGAUCACCCUAUCUCAGCAGGGAGGCAAGAAAUUUGAAAGAGAAGAUGACCCAGCCAACCAAUGGUAGAUAAAUCCUAGCAGACUGAAGUGACAGAGAAAAAGAAACACUUGCCUAUACCACAAUCAUCUGGCCCCAAAGGUACCCUUAGUAUUGGUAAUAUUCCUGGGAGCAAAUUCAACUGUGAAUGUCAUAGAGUAUCUUCUCAACUUCAGCAAACUUGGACAAAAAGAAAGCAUGUACAUGAUAUGACUGAUAAAUCUCUGCAGACAGAAACUACUGCAGAAGAGAAAGAAGAAGAAAUCAAGUCAGUUUGUGAAACAGUGGUACCUGAAGAAAAGCCAGCUAUUGGAGAAGCAGCCCCUGAAUUUCCAGAUGUUCAGGAAGUAGAAAUUCCACCAGCAGACAGACACUCAGUUCAACUCAAAACAGACAGAUCCCAGCAGACCAGUUGUACUGGAGACUGGACAAUGAUGAACAUUCCUUAAAAAGAAAAAAAAAAAACAAAAGAAAAAGUAGACAAGGAAGAGCAGACAAACUUUAGUGAAUCAGAAAUAGUGGUUAUUGGCUGGCCAAGUAAUCCGUUUUCAAAGUCAAAGGAAGGUGCACAGACACAAUCCUCAGGGAAGAUUUUUGUUACUGAACAUCCUGAAUUUCAACCCACAACAAGUAACAACGAAGAAAUUAGGCAGCAAAGUAUUAACAGAGUUUUAUCUAUUCCACCAACCAAAAAUGAUGCUCCAGUACUUUUAGAAGAUGGGAAAGAUGUUCCAGCUGAAGUACAGUCUCCCGCUGCAGAAGAGAGCUCUGCUGAAGUGCAACUUCCACUAGCUGAGGAGAUUACUGCAGAAGAGGUUUCUGCUGAAGUUCAGCCUCCAGCAGCUGAAGAGGCUCCUGUUGAAGUACAGCCUUCCCCAACAGAAGAGGCUCUUGGAGAUGAGGCUCCUGCUAAAGUAGAGCCCACCUCAGCUGAAGAGACUCUUUUAAAAGAGCCUCCUGCUGAAGUUCAGCCUUCAGCAGCUGAAGACGCUCCUACACAAGAGGUCCCAGAACUUCAAAUUUCACCAGCUGUGGAGUUCCCUGCAGAAGAGGCCCCAGCUGAAACUGAGUCUCCUCCAGCUGAGGUGGCCCCUGCUGGGCUUCAGUCUCUACCAGCUGAGGAGGCCCCUGCAGAGAAGUCCUCUGCCAACAUUCAGUCUCCACCCACUGAGGAGACCUCUGCAGAAGAGGUCCCAGAAGAAGUUCAGUCUCUGCCAGCUGAGGACACCCCUGCAGAAGAGGUCUCCACCAAAGUUCAGUCUCCACCAGCUGAGAGGACCCUUGCAGAAGAGGCUGCAGCUGAACUUCAACCUCUACCAGCAGAGGAGGCUUCUGCAGAGGAGGCCCCUGCUGAAUUUCAGCUUCCAUCAACUGAAGAAACUACUUCGGAAAUGUUCUCUGUUGACAAACAGUCUUCACUAGCUGAAGAGUCCUUUAUUACACAGAUCUCUGUAAAAGAAACCUCUGCUGAAGUUCUGCUUCCACCAUCUGAGCAAACACCUGCAGAUGAAGCUCUGGUAGAGAAUGUGUCUAGGGUUUAUCAGUCUCCCCAGGCAGCGGACGUCCUGGUGGUAAAAUUAGGAUCAGGGGUUUUGGAAGAUAAGCCAAAAUCUGAAGAGCCUUUAGAAUGGGAUACAGUUCCUGAAGAUUCAUCUGACACCAAGAAUGAAGAGAUUUCGAUUAAAAUAAAGGGUGUCCAUAUAGAACUGGAAUAG